GGUGAAAACGGAGAACGGAGGAACGGUCGGGGAUGGUUUUGAGGAGAUGAACGUAGCGCCAAACGUAUGAAGCCUCCAACGUAUCCACAUGAACUUGCUCCGGAGUCCAAGAUUAAACUUGUCCUAGCAAGUUUAAUAUAGGAUAGUAAAAACUAUAAUAAUACUACUUUGGGAGUAAUAAAUAUAUAGUAAAAUAUUUAUCUUAUAAAUAUUUCUUUAUAAUAUUUUGUGUAUAUUUCUAACACUUUAGAGAAAUAACUUUGAACACAAAAUAGGAUUUUUCUUCUCUCUUCCUUGUGAUGACCGAAACUCACACAUGAAAUGGGGUGGGAUUUAUUUCAUUUUAUAACACAUUAAUUAAUAUUUAUGUGGUGAUGGAACCGGAGGACCUCCCGUUUCCCAACGUAUGGAGGAAGAAGGAGGAUAAGUUUCCUUCCCAUACCUUUCUUCCCCGCACUUCGGACCUCGAGGGGGUUUUCCGCCUUCUCCUCAAGAAUGGUCACUCAGCCCCCUGCGCCCUCCUCUUCAAGAACUCGUAUUUCCGGGGUCUUGGGUUUUGGGUGUCUCCUGAUGUUCCUCUUCACGAAACAUCGAGGAACACUACUUCUUUUUGGGCUCCUCCCCCCAAGACCAUGCGACUUCGAUGGGGGCUGUGGCGAUCAUCUCGGAGGGAUCUUUCUCCAGAAGUGGACGCCGAGGAUGAAGAGGUGCAGUCCACAAUCGGGGACCAACCUCUACAACUUGCCAACCACCCCUUCGUCCAAGAGGAGGUGGUAGUCGAUGAUGUCUCUGACGAUGAUGGUCUCUACGACUUCACUUCGGGAACCCUCAAGGGACCGCACUUCAUCCCAGGCAUUCCCCAUACCCCCCUCUUUGGCAGGGAGGUUUCUUCUUCUGCCCAGCCCACGGGUUCAGUGGGUUUCCAUCCUCAAUCCAGUGGGACCCCUCCAGCUGGCCGAGCCACCGGUUCACAAGGAUCUCUCGAGCCGCCCCAUGUCCAGGUGGAUGCACUUGGGAUUCAAUGCAGCCCGGAGUCUCCUUGGGAAUAUUCCCCUCCUUCAGGCUGUGGAGGGGAUGAUGCUACUUCUCAACUCCAUACGUCCACUGCCCAAAAUUUUACAGAAUCGACAGUGGAGAGCAUUUUUGGGAUGCCCCUUGGCCAGGGCGCUCCUCUUCCUAGAACGAACAUUCAUCAGUCCUUCAGGGAGGUAGAGGAGCUAAUUCGGUCUUCAAUUUCCAGCGGGCCACUGUUCAGCCGUCGGUCCACCCUUAUGCCGAUCCCGGUCCAUCAACCCAUGAGACCGGGUCUUCAUCUUCUCAGGCCCGUUAUAAGCGAGGCUGGAACUCCAUUCCUCUCCCUGACUCGGUGGCGUCCGCCGGUCACUCCAUGGGGACCGCCGGUGAUGGGUCUCCUACUGGGUAGGGAAACACUGCCCCUGGGGACUAGCCUUACCUCUAUUCCUGGGAGGCCUACCAAUAGGCAGGGUAUACGGACUGGGUCGGACGGCACUUCAACCAUCGUCUUCAAGAGAUACAACAGUUCCGGAGGGAUCACCCAGAUGUGGUUCAUAGCCCGGCCUGGCCGUUCAUAUGAGCGACUCGCUGGCAAGGUCAGACAAAGUGACCUGAAUCGGGCCCAUGAAGUGAAGGAGAUGCAGUUUCUGAGGGACGAUCUGACUCGGCAGUGCAUAGAGCGGGAACGGCAGAUCCGAGAAGAGGCCAAACUUCACCGACGAAGGGCGGAAGAGAAGCUGGAACAGAAGUGGCUCCGUAAGUCCGAGGAGGUGGCGAGGAAGGCAGCGGAAGAGGCUGAGCAGAGAUGGCAUCUUCAAAGCAAAGAAACGGAAUGUCGACUCUCUCAGCGGGUAGAAGAACUGAACCUGACUCUUAUGGAGGAGAGACGUUCGGCCCGGAGUUCCCUUGACGAGGCCUGCCGCUCACUUGAGAACGAGCGUCUCACUUAUGAGGGGCACAUGGCUCGAAUAGAGGUAGACCAUAUUUCAGACUAUGGUUGGGUUUUUUAUCGUUGCGGGUUCGAAGUCCAGGAGAGUUUUUAUCGUGGAUUGGAGCCCUAUUCUGAUUGCUUUGAUCCUUGGUUGAAAUUCCCCGGCAUCCCAGAACCUAUGGGGCCAGAGCCCUCUCAAUUCCGUCCUCCUCCAUCACGUUGAACCAUUAUUGUAAUUGUUUUCGGGCAGUCCUCAUGUGGUUUUGUUCCUUACUGUAAAGGAUCAGCCCUUUUUUGGUAACGU